GAGGACCUUCGUGUAGAUGGUCGUGGCUGUGAAGACUACAGAUGUGCAGAAGUAGAAACAGAUGUUGUAUCAAACACAAGUGGAUCUGCAAGAGUAAAGCUUGGACACACUGAUAUCUUGGUAGGUGUAAAAGCUGAAAUGGGGACACCAAAGUUGGAGAAACCAGAUGAAGGUUACCUGGAAUUCUUUGUUGACUGUUCUGCAAAUGCUACUCCUGAAUUUGAAGGCCGUGGAGGAGAAGAGCUUGGCGCAGAGAUAGCGAGUACACUCUAUAGAGUGUUUAGCAGUGAGAGCAGUGUAGACUUGAAAUCACUUUGUAUUAAUCCCAGAGAGCACUGCUGGGUUCUCUAUGUUGAUGUAUUGUUGUUGGAAUGUGGUGGGAACCUCUUUGAUGCAAUCUCUAUCGCAGUGAAGGCAGCUCUCUUUAAUACACGAAUACCCAAGGUGCGUGUUCUGGAGGAUGAAGAAGGAUCUAAAGAGAUUGAGCUGUCUGAUGACCCGUACGAUUGUAUUCGACUUAACGUGGAUGAUGUGCCCUGCAUCGUCACACUAAGCAAAAUUGGAUACAGGCAUGUGGUGGAUGCCACCCCACAGGAAGAAGCCUGUUCUUUGGCCAGCCUGCUUAUUUCUGUGACCAGUAAAGGCGCUCUCACUUCCAUGAAAAAAGUGGGGAAAGGUAGCCUUGAUCCUGAGAGUAUUUUUGAAAUGAUGGAGACGGGAAAAAGAGUAGGCAAGUCAUUGCACAUAGCCCUUCAGAAGAUUUUGGAUGAAGAAGAGCGUUUGGGGACCUCACGGCAGAAAGUUGGAUUUCUAGGAUGAGUUUUUAUUAAAUGUUGAAACUGUUUUUAAUUGGUUGUGCA